AUGUCUCCAAUGCUUGCCCUGCUGUUCGCUGCUAGAACCCUUGCGGUGCUGGGUGGCAGCUGCGGAAUGGAAAGGCUGACUAUGGAAGGCGCGUAUGGCUGCAAUUGGAAUCAGGAGGGUGACGACAACAUGUAUUGCAACCUUGCUUGCACAAGCGACCUGCAUGCCACACAAACAGAUGAGAAGAAGGCAGAAUUACGGCCACCGCACAUGGAAAAAUGCGGUCGUGAAUACCGCACGUCGAUAGAAGUGACCUGCGCGAAACCCAUGAACGAGUUCCCCAAUGCUUGCAGUUCAACCGGACCUCUGCAAUUUGUUCGCAAAGGACGUGACUAUAUCUACAUGACCCUCUUCACCUACAGGACGGAGGCUCUGCCAACCGGAUCCGAGGUGGUACUCGAAGUGCAGUGGCAGUGGGAUUCCGGCCAAGGCUGCUCGCAGAAGUACAACGUCACUUAUGACAAGUGCUUCGGCCUCGAUACCACCUCCGUGGGCAACAAAGUUGACGAGCCCGCUGUGGCCCCGCCGAGGCCGCCAAAGAACUCUUAUCUCUUCCGGCACGUGGGCCCAACCACGACGCAGACGUCGAUUACCAGAACCACGGAAACGAGAACCUCAGUGACUAAGACGACCGUAACCAUCACAUCCAUCACGGCAACCACGACAGCCACACAGACCACAACGAUGACGACAUUGACCGGAACGCUCACUACCAGCACCGUCUCAACCACGACGGCAACGACGACAGAGCCACCAAGUCCCCUGAGUAACUCUCUUCCUUGGCUCCUGGUUGCCGUUCUUCUUCUUGCGGUUGGGGUUGGCCUCUACACCGUCAGGAGGCGGAGCGAAGACGAGCAGCGGUUGCGGGAUGCGAGAGAGAUUGAGCUGCCGGGGCUGCCGGGGCGCUAUUGA